UGUUUGAGAGAGAACAGGCUUGACCAAUGAUCUGUCUUAUCUACACAGAGAUAAUCCAGCCUGCAAAAAAAAUGAUUGUCAUUUGCUCCGAAGAACCGUCAAGAUGAAGACACAGUCGACCAGCCUUCGCUUUAAGUUACCUGUGUUUGUGUUUGUCAUUGAGGUGGUUAUUGUUAUCCUGUAUGCUGCCUUUGUCACUUAUGAUGAACACACUGAUGCAAGAUUUCAGACCAACCAAACUGACCCCAUGGACAAUGCAGUUUACAAGGACUACCCUUUUUUUACAGACAUACAGGUCAUGAUAUUUCUCGGCUUUGGAUGCUUGCUGGCAUUCUUCCGCCUGUAUGGCUUUGGGGGGAUGGUUUUUAACUUCCUCACGGCUACUUUUGCAAUCCAAUGGGCCAUUCUGGUGCAGGGGUACUUCCAAUUCAGCCAUGACGGUAAGAUACACCUUGGAGUGAUCAACCUCAUAAAUGCAGAAUUUGCCUGUGCUGUGGUGUUGAUAUCUUUUGGGGCAGUGCUGGGGAAGACCAGUCCGUUGCAGCUGCUGGUCAUGGCUCUGCUGGAAGUGCCAAUGUUUGCAGUCACAGAAUGGGCCGUGCUGAAGUAUCUGAGGAUCAACGAUGCAGGAGGAUCUAUUCUCAUUCACCUCUUUGCCUGCUAUUUUGGCUUGGGUGUCACCUUUGUGCUGUACAGGCCUCGUCUAAAUGAAGGUCAUGCAAAGGAGACCACCAGCUACCAUUCUGACAUCCUGUCCGUGAUGGGGACCUUGUUCCUCUGGGUGUUCUGGCCCUCCUUCAACUCAGCAUUAACACUGAAAGGAGACGACCAGCACAGAGCCAUCCUCCACACCUUCAUCGGCCUCAGUGCCUCCACGCUCACAGCCUUCGCUCUCUCUGCGAUGCUGAACAAAAACGGUAAGCUCACCAUGGCUGAUGUUCAGAACGUCACCCUGGCUGGAGGUGUGACAGUAGGGGCAUCUGUUGAUAUGAUGAUAUCGCCUGCUGCUGCAUACGCUCUGGGUAUAAUGGGCUGCACUGCAUGUAUGCUGGGCUAUAAGUACUUGAGCCCCUUCUUAGCACGGCGCAUGAGAAUCCAGGAUCAAUGUGGAAUACAUAACCUACACGGUCUAACAGGACUCAUAUCCUGUACUGCAGGGAUCUGUGCUAUACUGAUGGCUGACGAGGAGGUUUAUGGCCCCAGUUUGUACGAAAUCUUUACACAUAGAGCACCAGUGGAAGGGGACCCUAAACUACAAGAGCUGCAGAUGUUGAUCCCCGGUUUACAGCCAGGUCUGGGGAGGACUGCCCGGGAACAGGCUCUCUUCCAGGUCGCAGCUGUGUUCUCCACCAUAGGAGUGUCAGCACUGGGAGGCGUCCUCACAGGCUUCAUCUUAAAGCUGCAAUACCUCGCACCACCAUCUGAUGAUUUCUGUUUCGACGAUGAGCCAUUUUUUGAUGUUCCCCCAGACUAUGAUGCACCACUUAAACUCAAUGACACAACUACCACUGAAGAUUCUGUUGCCUGAUAUGCAACUGCCAAGUGCUGUCAAUGAAUCUGACUGAAGAUGAGAAUGUGUUUGUAUUUGUCUUUAUAAGUAAUGGAAUUUAUCAUUCAUCAACAGUACGUUAUAGUGACUAUUAAUCAAAUGCUGAUAUCCAUUACAUUGUAAAUAAGCACUAGUGAUUAUAGAUGAUAAUGACGAGCAAUGCA